AGAUUGUCCAUCUGGUACACGCUCCUGACAGUCGUCUUCCGCUGCCCAUCGUCGCCCAAACAGCUUACCAACGACUCGCCAAAUGUUUGCGAACCCUACUUCCAACUGAGAGACUAUGCUCUUCCUCACCUCCAACCCUACUACAAUACCUAUGCCGCCCCCUACGUUCAGCAAGCUCAGCCUUACUUUGACCGCGUCAAGGAACAGGCCUACCUCCCUGCUGCUGCCUUUGCUCAGAAGCAUGGCGCUCCUCGUGCCGCUCAAGUCCAGAAGUAUGCCACCAAGGAGUGGCAGCGAUCUGUCCGUCCUCAGUUGGAUGUCGCUCGCAAGCACGCCCUGAAGCAGUACGACUCUACCCUGGGCCCUCACGUCCAAAAGGUCCAAGACGCCAUCUCGCCUUACUACACCAACGUCAAGGCCUCGGCCACUGACUUCUACGAACUCGAGUUGCUCCCCGCCUACAAGCACACGGCUCCCUACGCAAAGAAGUUCUACGGUCACGCCCAUCGCUUCUCCGUCAACACUGCUCUUCCCUACGCUCGCUGGGGUACCGACUUAACUUUCACCUUUGUUCGCCGUCAGAUCUGGCCUAGAAUCCAAGUUCUCUACGGAGAGAAUGUUGAGCCUCAAAUCUUCAAGAUCAGCCAGAGACUGGGCCGCUACCGUGACGAAAAGAAGAUUGAAGCCGCCGUCGAAUCUGCCGAGAGUUCCGCCUCUUCUUCCUCAUCGUCCUCUUCUUCUGCAUCGUCGGUCGCAUCUGCCUCAUCUACGGUUAUCGCCAGCACACCCUCAGCUGUGGUUUCUAGCGCCAGUUCUGUCAUCGAGUCCAUCAUGACAAAGGCAUCCAGCGUUGUUGCUGCCUCGCCUUCAAUGGCUCCUACUGAGGAAGAGCCCAGCGCCGCUGAACAGUUCUCUCAAGAUUUGAAGGUCUGGGAGGAGCAUGUCUCCAUCGCAGUACGUGAGGGACUUGACCAUCUUCGUGAGCGUAUCCAGGAGAUUUGCGACCGCCAAGUCGAGACCCAAACCAAUGGUGUUGGUGAGGCUUUGAUCAUUCAGUUGGAAGAGAGUUCCUCGUCGGCCUUCAGGAGCCUCAAGGCCAGAGUCGAAACCGUUAUUGAACACCUCCCCGAAGAGCCUUCCGAGUCUGACGUCUCGUCUGCUCAAGAUUCUAUCAACAAGGAGGUCAAGAAGGCUGGUCAGACCAUCAAGCAGAAGGCCCAGAACGUUCGCGAUUGGAAACAGACCUUUGAUAAGGACAUCACCCGUCUUAUCGAGGCUGCUGCCAACUCUACCCUUGAGACUAUCGACAGCAUCCGCGACCUCCGUUUGCAGGAGAUUGGCAGACGCUGGGCUUCCAAUACUGCUAUCACUCACAGAGACUGGACUAAAUACAACGAUCUCAAGAAGGCUUCCAGUAAGGGUCGCGAUGAGGUUGCUGUUCUUGCCACCUCGAACGAGCUCACCGAAGCCAAGAAGGGUGCCCAGUCAAUUGAGGACAGAGCCAUGAUUAUUGCCGAAAACGCUGCCAAAGAGCUGACCAGGCUCAAGAGUGUUUCGCAAUGGAAGCUCGAAGCCAGAGAUUCUUCCGAUGAUUUCAACACAAAGUAUGCACCCGCCGCCGCUGCUCGUGCUAAGCAGCAAGUUGCCGAGAAGAUUUCUGGCGCCAGAGAGGCCAUUGUCGGAAGCUCCCAGGGCACAGUUGAGUCGGCCUCAUCUGUUUUCUCCUCUCAGGGCUCCCAAGUAGCCACAGGUUCGGUUGAAAGCGCCGCAUCGAAGGUGUCUGAGAAGGUUCUUGGCUCCGAGCAACCCACUCUCGAAAGCAUUGCCUCAGUCGCUUCUGAGAGUGCUAAAAGCGCAGCUACUGCCGUAUCGGAAUCCGUCCUGGGCACUCAACCCGGAGUCGCAGAACAGGCCGCUACAAAGGCGUCCGAAGCUAUGGCAAAGAGCCUCAAAGCUGGAAAGUCUAGUGCAAUUUCUGCUGCCAGUGAUGCAUCUUCCAGCGUUGCCUCAGUUGCAUCCAGCGUGUCCGCCCCGUCGAUUGUGUCUGAAGCGUCUUCGAGCAUGAGUUCAAUUGCCCAGGAAGGAGCAUCCAGUGCCUCAUCCGUAGCAUCCCAAAUCUCCGAGAGUGCAUCUGACGCUUCUCAGAAGGCUUCAAAGAAGGUCUGGGGUGGAGCAAUGGCCCAAGCAGUUCCUUCAGCACGCUCCAUUGUCCUUGACGAUGAUAUUGUCGACGACGAGUCCACGUACUCGAGCAAGCUGCAGGACAUUCUCGGAAAGGCUGGAAACCAAGCAAGUCAGCUCACUCAAGCUGUCCAGGAUGCCUUGAAGCCUACCCCUACUCAGGGUAGUGUCGAGUCAGUCACCUCUCUUGCCAGUGAGCAGUAUGAGAGAGCUCUCUCUGCAGCGAGCAGUGUCAUUUUCGGUACCGAACAGGGCGUUGGAGAGUCUCUGUCGAGUGUCGCCAGUGACAGAUAUGCCUCUGCCGUCUCUGCCGCAUCCAGUGCUAUCUACGGUGAACCAAUUCCUGCCACAAAGUCGAUUGCAUCUCAAGUUGCCUCGGUUGCGGCUUCCGUCACCGCUGGCGCUAGCAGUGCUGGAGACUCUUUCCAGUCGCAGGCCAGCUCAAUCUACACUGAGGUCCAGUCUGCUUACUCAAGCUCUAUUGCCGACCCUCUACAAUCAUCUGCCAUGUCUUCCAUCUCUUCGAUUGCUUCUUCAAGACUCCAGGAAGGUCUUUCUUCAGCAAGUGCUCAAUUCGAGCAGGCCAAGAGCGCCGUUGGUGCCUCGCCAACACCAGUUCAACAAGGUGUCAUGGCAGAUGCUCAGCGUAGAUAUUACGAGAUGGUCGGUUACGCCUAUGACCGUUACUCGGCUUUCGAAUCUGCUGGAAGAGACAUGGCCUCAAGCCAAUACGACGCUGCGACUUCAAGCGCUUCAUCCUACCUCGUGAUCGCUUCUUCCAAGGCUAGCGAGGCUGUCUACGGCACUCAGCCUGCUAUGUACGAGAACCUUCUUGCAUCUGCCCAGAGCCAAUACGAUGCUGCUUACAGCGCUGCAAGCGUCAACCUGAACAACAUCCUUGAGUCGGCAAGCUCUACUGCUGCCCCUGCCUUUGACACUGCUUUCGAACAGUACGAGUUGGCUGUUUCAGCUGCUGGCGAGCAAUAUUCCCUGGCCAGUGUCAAGGCAAGUGAAGCAAUCUACGGAACAUCAACAGGAUCUGUCGAGUCGCUUGCCAGCGCUGCAAGCACAGCCAUCUACGGAAGCGAAACUCCUUGGACGGAAGCCGCUGCGUCGCAAGCAAGCGAAAACUGGGAGAUGCUGGUUUCCAAGGCCAGUGAACAAGUUUACGGUUCUCCUACGCCCUUCUUCUCCCAAGCUGGAGAGUAUGCUUCUCAGGCUACCGUUGCUGUAGUCGAACAGUAUGCCGCAGUCUCUGCUCUUUUCGAUGAACUCGUCAAUGGACGUGAGCCAGAGUUUACCGAAAGUGUGUGGAACCGCCUUCAAUCUGCCUACUCGACUGGUGCCCCAGCUGUUGUGUCGAGUGCAUCAAGCUAUGCUCAAGAUGCUUACGCCAGUGCAUCUUCGUUCUACGAGUCGACCUUCACACCACCACCAGCUGUCGAAGAUCUCCUCGACAACGUCAACGAGCAGAUCAAUUCCGCGGUUGAUGCUGUUUCUGCUCAAAUCUACGGCACUACAAAGGGUAGCGUCGAGCAGAUGACCGAAGCAGUUGGUAGCGCGUACAACGAUGCUGCUUCUCGCGCUAGUGAGGCUGUCUACGGAACCACGACCGGUUAUGCCGAAGCCGCCCAGAGCCAGAUCUCAGACGCUGCUUCGUCUGCGCAGCAGGCUAUCAGUGAAGCCUUGUUCGGUACUCGUUCCACAGCGGCAGCUGCCAGCAUCUACACGUCGAUCGCAUCUGUUGCGUCGGAGAACCGUGAUGCUGUAGUGUCAAAGGCUGUCGAACAGUAUGAGGCAGCGACAUCAGCUGCCAGCAGCGCCAUCUACGGAUCCGAGAAGGGGGCUUUCGAGAGCGCGCAAAGCAGACUCUCGGUCGCAAUGGCUAGCGCAUCCAGCAGAUUGGCCGAGUUUGGGGAGACUGCAAGCAAGGCGACGGAUGAUUCGGUGUCUAAAGUGGUAGAAGCAGCCCAGGAUGCCGCUUCAUCAGCAAGCAGUGUAGCCUCGUCGGUCAGCAUCAGAGUUAGAGACGAGCUUUAG